AUGUCUACUUCCACUUUUUUGCGGGUAAAACGUCGCCAGGAAGAUAAUCCUCAAGAUGCAUUGGCGCUUACGCUGUGUAAACGCCAGAAAACAGACGCUGAGGAAAUUUCACCUUCUCUUCCUGUACUUAGAGAAGAAAAAAAAGAUUCGGAGAAUGGGCAAAACACAAACGACCUUAAAACUUCUGCUAAAGAAGAUUCUCACAUAUCUAUGUUGGAUAAUCUUGUAAGUAUAGAGAACUAUGAGACAGAAUUAAUAGACGGAUCAGCUAGAGAUAAUGGUUUAACGGAAUCGGAUGUUGAAGAUUGUGAUGACUCAAAUGUGGAAAACUACUGGAAGAAUGAUUAUGCAGAUUUCGACAUAAGUAAUAUUGGUAAGGACGAUAAUAUAGAAGAUGAUGUGUCAAGCGACAUAGAUGAAGACAUAUAUGAUGAGACAAUGAAGUUUUCCGAUGAAGGCAUCAGACUUUAUGGCACUGCUUACAUUAAAUAUAAGGCCAGAUUUCUUACAGAACGGCCCGAUGUAAUUGAUUUGAAUAAUAACGUACUUUAA